CUGACCCUCGGUCCGAGCGACACGCUCAAGCUCACAUUCCAAGUCGAAGAGGACGGCAAGGGUGUGCAGCCGCAUCAGACCUUCCUCCGCUUCUACGACGAGCAGACGGGCGAAGAGGGCAUUCAACCCGUCCGGGUCUCCUCCGCCGGAAAAGCCAAAUUCGAACUUAACAUGGCCCGCCCGCCGGCCUCGCUCCCGCCGACGACGACGCACCCGCUCCUCGUCGAGCUCCUCCUCGGCUCCUUCACGCACGCGCCGGCUAAAUACACCCUCCUCUCGCUCACCCUCCCCGCGUCCGGGUCCGCGCCGCCGCACCCCGAAGAAUCGACCUUCCACCCGCUCCCGCCGAUCGCGCACACCUUCCGGCCGGAGCAGAAGGUUCCGCCGGUCUUCGUCAGCGCCGUCUUCGUCGGCAUCGUGCUCGCGCCCUGGAUCGUCCUCCUCGGCCUCUGGUCGAGCAUCAAGCCGCGCGUGCCGCACCUCUUCUCGCCCUCCAUCCUGCCUUUCACCGCGCUCCUCACCGCCUUCGAGGGCCUGCUGUUCACCUACUGGCUUCGUCUGCGCCUCGGGCAGGUGCUCGCGUAUGGCGCCCUCCUCGCGAUACCGACCGUCUUCGCGGGCAAGCACGCGCUCGCGAGCGCAUCUGCAUGGAGGCAGGGCCGGAAAUAG